AUGUAUGAGGAAAUGGGUUCUAUGACUGAUGAUAUUCCGCGACGCUGCUCGCUUCCUUCUUUGAAAUCAACAACUUCCGCUAUGAACAAUACCAAUUUAGGCGAGGAGCGCCGCUUGCCUCCUCUUCCACGCAUGGAGCCUUUGCCCCGUGGUCCCUUUAAUCCUUUCCAGCCCAACGAUGCUUUUGCUCCUAGUACUCCGGGAGCCCAAGAGUCAAUUCAAUUCAAGUCUCCAUGGUCCGGCAGUGACCAGCUCGUUGCACCUCCCUCGCCAGCUAACUCUGCCGAAAGCUCCUGGCAAGAGUCUUUUGCAGCUCAAAAGGCUACCUCCCCCGAAUGGCCUACCGAUCUCUCCCAGACCGAGAUCAUGACACUGAUCGCGCCCCAGAACAUCAACCGCAAGGCGCCCCUUCAGCAGCUCUGUGGUCGUAAGCGCAAGGGAAGCAUCAUCUCGCCUGAUCCAGAUGACCAGCGAGAGAAGCACCGUAUCGCCGAGGGCAACCGUCGCAAGAACCUCAGUCAGCUGCACCGCGAGCUGGACAGCCGUAUCCACGACUUCUUCUUGGAGCGUGCUGGUUGGAACCCAUCCAAGAGUCUUCCUCAGUCCAAGGAACACAUUGUCCAGGGCGCAGUCUACUUGAUCGACUUCAUGCUGGCGAUCAUCGUCCACCUGAUCCGCCAGGAACAAGUCUCCCCCCAACUCUCCGAAAAGCUGCAGCCCCAAGUCCGCUGCAUGCAACUACAGCAACUAGUGACUUCCCUCCAACAACAAAACCAAACCGCACAACAGCAACUGCGCGCCGCCAAGGCUGAGAACGAGCAACUGGCCGACCGCAACCGCGCCCUCGAGUUCCAGCUCAAGUCAUACGAGCAAAUGUUCCGCUCUCCCAAGCCGGAAAGCACCACCCCUUCUCUAAUCGAGAUCCCCGAGCACAAGCGGCAGAAGAAAGCUUUGCCCGGGCUACGAGUCUUUUGCGAUGAGAUCGGCGCCAGCAUGGCCCCGGAAACCAACUCUAUGCAGUCAUACCAGCACCACGACGCUCUACCCAGCGCCACGUCACAGUCGUUCGGUAGUUCGUACCUCAGUUCGACGUCACCCAUCACGGGCCCUUCAUCCCCUGCGUUUCCUCCAUCGCAGAGUUCCUCAUUUGCCUUUUCGGCUUCGCGUCGUCCGUCCCUGCUUGGCUCACCAUAA